AACCUUUUUAAAAAGCAAGAUGUCCAUAGGAAUGAGCAAAGAAGAAUACCUGAAACGUUACACUUCUGAUUACACAGCAUUAGAUAAACGAAAGAAACGAAGAAAAAAGCCAGAAAAUGUCAGAGUUCCAAAGUCAAGAAUUGUAGAUGAUGAUAUUGAUUUAAAGACACUUCUUCCAAGUAAUCUUGAGGAUACCUCAGCAUAUGACAAUAUAGAAGAAAAUGUACCAACUGUUGCAGCGUUUAUGGAUGAGCGUCCAAAACAUAUUCAAGAACUUGAGGCGUACACAACGGACAAAUGGAAGGGAGUCGCAGCAAAAGAUGAAAACUUGAAAAACUCUCAAAUUAGAAAGAGACACGACUCAGACUCUAGUACUUCACCAAUAGGUAGAGAAAGACAUGAUUCAAAUUCUGACCAAUCACCUCCAAGAAAAGGACGUCAUGAUUCAAAUUCUGACCAGUCACCUCCAAGAAAAGGACGACAUGAUUCUGAUUCUGACCAAUCACCUCAAAGGAAUCAAAGACAUGAAUCAGAUUCUGACCAAUCACCACAAAGGAAUCAAAGACAUGAAUCAGAUUCUGAUCAAUCACCACAAAGGAAUCGAAGACAUGAAUCAGAUUCUGACCAAUCACCACAAAGGAAUCGAAGACAUGAUUCAGAUUCUGACCAAUCUCCACCAAGGAAAUUACCUAAAAGUUAUUCUAAAAAAGGAAAACAAAUAGAAGAUGCAAAAUAUGACCAUAGUGUUUUCAGAAAAUCUAACAGUGCUAAUGAAUCAGGAAAAAGUAAAAAUCUCAAGGACCAUUCCUUUCAGAAAGAACAAGAUGAAAAGAAUAGUAGUAAAAUGAAUAAAACAUUGUCUGGAAAGAAAGCUGGUCUCUCUUCAGCAAAAGAUAUGAAGACAGAAGCAGAUGUGUUGAGAAGGAAAGAAGAUGAAACAUUUAAACAGAUAUCAUCAGAUCUCUUGGGAAAAGAUGCUAAGACUCAAUACAGAAAAAGUGGAAGACAGCAAAAGAAAAAAGAUGCAGAGCCAACAAUAGAGGAAAUAAAGAGAAAAGAAGAAAUAGAAGCCAAGCACCAUGAAUGGGGGAAAGGUAUAAAGCAAACAGAGAACAGGGCAGCUAAAUUAGAAGAUCAUCUGUAUGAAAUGUCUAAACCUUUGGCACGAGCACGAGAUGACAAAGAUUUAGAUGCUAUGUUAAAGGAUAUGGAAAGAGCUGAUGACCCAAUGUUAGCCUUCAUUAAGAAGAAAAAAAGCAACAACAAAACGAAAAAAGAACUUCCAAAAUAUAAAGGUCCCCCUCCACCUCCAAACAGAUUUGGGAUUAUGCCAGGCUACAGAUGGGAUGGUGUAGACAGAUCAAAUGGUUUUGAACGAUCAAUAUAUGCAAAACUCUCGGACAAAAAAGCUGUUGAAGAUAUGGCUUACAAAUGGAGUGUGGAAGAUAUGUAGUCUGUAAAUUCAGGGGUAAAUCUUUAUGAUCUCCAGGGACAUAAUUAUGAUGUACCAAAUUCUUAAGUAUUCACAAAUAAAAUUAAAGUC